AUGUUGAAUGAAGCCUCAGCGUUACCGGCUGACCCAAGUACCCCAGAACAAUCACAAGAAGAUCAAGGGCCAGCAAUUCGUAUAGUUCCAUAUAUUGAUGGACCUCGCUCUCUCCGUUUUGACAUCAUCGAGCGAGAAGUUCCCGAAGGUGUGGUGAUAAAAAUUGGUCGUUUUACGGACAAAACUCUAGCUCCAAACAGAGUCACAUUCAGAAGUAAAGUUGUGUCUCGGGGUCAUGCAGAGAUUUGGAGUGAAAAUGGCAAGUUUUACAUUCGAGACACGAAAUCCUCCUCCGGCACUUUUUUAAACCAUCAACGUCUAUCUGCCCCAAGUGCAGAAAGCAAACCUUUUGAAUUAAACGAUGGGGAUGUUGUCCAACUUGGAGUCGAUUAUCAAGGUGGAACAGAAGAAAUUUAUCGUUGUGUGAAGAUGCGUGUAGAACUAAACCGUUCAUGGCAAAGACAGGCCAAUCCAUUUAGCCUCAAUGCAUUGAAACAGUUCAAACAAUUGAUGAGCCCCGAAGCGCUACGACAACAGACCACAGAUUGUUGCAUUUGUUUAUGUGGAAUCGGUCCUUGUCAAGCAUUAUUCCUCGCACCCUGUUCUCAUAUCUUUCAUUACAAAUGUAUAAGACCGCUUUUAGUUAACCAUCAUCCGGGAUUUUUAUGCCCCCUCUGUCGUAGUUUUGCUGACCUUGAGGCACAAAUCGAUAACCCCAUCGAUUGGGAACGAUUGCUUGCUGAACAAGAGGAGGCAGAAAAGAAAGAAAACGAAGAAUCCGAGAUAGAUGUAAAUAAGGAACAAGUACUAGAACAAUCAGAACCCGAAAAUGAUAUCCAAAAUGCAGGACCAUCUACAUCAUUAUCAAAUAUCCAAUCACCAAAUGUUACAGAAUCACCACCAUCUCAAAUGACUGCAAAGGAAAUUGAUGAACGACUUAGCUCACUUUCUAUCACAACUGCUCCAGCUUUGGCAUCGAAAAAAACAUUUGCCGUUCCUAUACCAAGAAAUAAGAAAAUGUCAAAUUCUUCAGAUGAUGGUGAUGAACAAAACCUAAUACUUAGUCGUACAUUACCAUCAAGUCCUCCAAAUUUACCAGUAACAAAUUAUAUUGAUGAUCAGCAUCAAUCACUUCGAGAACAAGGUGGCGCACAACGGUUAGGGGAAAUCGUCGAAGAAGAUGAGGGCUCAGUGGGUUCAUCGAGUCCUGGUAAAAGUCAAUCCACAAUACCUCUUCAAGAUUCAAGUUGUUCUUCAGCUA